ACGAUUAAAUUCCCAACCAAGUUGUUUACUUUUUCUUUGUUCUAUCAGUCUAAUGUUUAUGUUUUGAUCUUUACUCAAAAUAAAAUCGAUAUCGCUCUUACAAAAUAAAGAUCGAAGAUAUAUACGUGUAAAAGAGAUCGGUUUACACUUUUUGAAAUUUCUUCUAAAGUCUAAUGUAACGUAGAAUAAUUCUUAAAUUGCAUACUGGAUCGUGAAAAAGCUUGGUAUUUUUCAAACGCAGUGAAAAGACUCGUGCGUAAUUUGAAAAAAGCGUAUAUCUGAUAAACCAACCAGAAACGUUGCGUCCUUGAACUUUUAUUGGGCUAAACGUUCUUCUUAUCCAUACAUAUUCAUACGUAUCGCCUCUUAUCGUUCGCACUGUUCGCGUACUCUACUAGUGUCAGUGCAUCGAACCGUUGCUAUUUUUUAACUCCUUUUAUAUAUAUUUUUUUAAACAAUGGCAAUAAAUGCAGCAAAAGCGGUUCUUAAAAAGGGAAAAACUGUUUUAUUUAUGUGUGAUUUUCAAGAAAGAUUUGCAAAAGCCAUGUUCGAAUUUGAUAAAGUUAUUGAAAAUUCUGUAAAAUUGGUAAAUUCUAUGAAACUUUUAAAAGUUCCAAUGAUCGUAACGGAACAAAAUCCAAAAGCUUUGGGCAAAACUGUACCUCAACUAGAUAUAUCUAGCGCCAAAGGUCCUUUUGAGAAAACCCAAUUUAGUAUGUGUACCGAUGAAGUCAACGAAGCGCUUUCCAGUAUUUGUUGCGGAACCUAUCCCGAGUCUGUAAUACUUAUCGGACUUGAAACUCAUGUCUGCGUUGAGAAUACAGCGAUUGACUUAAAAAUGAGUGGAUACGAGGUUCACGUCGUGGCAGAUUGUUGUAUGUCUCGCACGCAAGAAGACAGGUUAUUAGCAUUGCAGAGGAUGCAAGCAAUGGGAUGUCAUAUAUCUACUUCGGAGACUGUUAUUUUUAAAUUAUUAGGAGACGCAAAACACGAAGAAUUUAAGAACAUUCAAAAACUUGUAAAAACGCCUACGUUAUAUACAGGGCUUGUACCCGUAUCUAAGAUAUGAGAUCUGGGUUUCUUCCGUCAGAGAUCUCAUCUAUAGAAAAUAAAUGGAUUAUGGAGUAUAUUUUUGUAUAAAAUUUGAAAGGUUAAAAAACGAGUAUAUUAUUCGAUUGUAUCGUACAUCGAUAUUCUAAGAAAACGGUAAAAAACUUGAUACGAGAUAAAGAAAUAAAAAUUUGUUUGGUAUAGUAAUACAAAAA